GAGAUCGAGGGCAUUUUCGUCCGUUGACGAUCUGCUGGGGCGCAUAAAACUAGAACCACUCCCUCCCCAUUCGCCCAGACUACCUGUUUGACGGUGACCACGGCCACGUCAUUAUCCAAUCCCUUAUCUCCACGUCACCACUCACAGCCCUUUUAGACCCCCACUGGGGCUCGAUCCGGCGGCCUGGAUAGCCUCCCUCUCCCCUCAUCCUGCGGCUCCCAUCCCCUGUUCUAGACUCUUCCAUUGAAUCUUCCCGCAGACCACAGGGAACACGAGAGAGGAAGAAGAAGAACAACCGCCGGGGUUUCGUUCCUAAUCCUACCUUGGAGUUCUUGGACAUUCGAAAAACCUCCGAGGCCGAGCGCCGGAGGUUUUCGAACGCUCUGAUCUCGCGGACUCGUUCAAUUGGCCCUCUGAAUCUUCGUGAUCUUCGAGGUUUGGUUGGCAGCCGCGGUGUUUCGAGGUGUUCUUCGGGCGGUGCGGUCAGAUCUCGCUUUCUGAUUCUCGUCUUGGGGUACUGUGGUGUUUCUAAAUGGCUUCUUAAGUGCAGCAUCAACCUGCGCAUUUUUUGAUGUUUCCCCCCUUGAGAGUUGCAAGCGUGAUCUGACAAUCUGCUUUGUUUUGAUGAUAGCUUGGGAAUUAUUGUUCACUUUUCUCAUUCAGUUACUGUCGGCUUUCAAGUUUGGUGCCUGCUUGAGAGAGGGGAAGAAGCUCUCUUCCGCUGUCUCCACCACUGCUGUUGCAGGCUUUGAAGGUCAUUCUUUGCUCCCAUCCUUUGAUGUCUCCUAAUUUGGACAGCCCUGUUCAGACUCAGAUGGCAGUAGCAGUAUUUAAAAGCCCCCUUACCAGCGAGUGCCAUGGAAACAAUAGAGUGGGAGGAAAACAACCUGCAGGAAGGAGACGGGUUUUUGUGCAAACUGAAACUGGUUGCGUGUUGGGGAUGGAGUUGGACCGGGGUGACAAUGCUCAUACUGUAAAGAGGAGGUUGCAGCUUGCACUUAAUGUCCCCACGGAAGAGAGUUCCUUGACUUUUGGGGAUAUGAUUUUGAAGAAUGAUCUUAGUGCUGUUCGAAAUGAUUCUGCCCUUCUUCUAACUCGGAACUUGAUGCAUAGGAGCUCAUCAACUCCAUGCCUCUCGCCUACCGGAAAAGAAGUUCAGCAUAGAGAUUGGAGUGGUCCUAUUGAAAUAUUAGGGCACUCUAGUCGCUUUGAUAGGGCAAACGAUCUGGUGAGGGACAUUGUGAAGGCCAUGAGGAAGGGGGUUGAUCCGAUCCCUGUUCACAGUGGGCUUGGAGGUGCAUAUUAUUUUAGAAAUAGCAGAGGCGAGAGUGUUGCCAUUGUGAAGCCAACAGAUGAAGAACCUUUUGCGCCAAACAAUCCUAAAGGCUUUGUGGGCAAAGCGCUCGGGCAACCAGGUCUGAAACGUUCAGUUCGAGUUGGGGAGACAGGGUUUAGAGAAGUUGCAGCUUAUCUUCUCGACUAUAAUCACUUCGCUAAUGUGCCUCCCACUGCACUGGUGAAGGUUACCCAUUCUAUCUUUAAUGUCAAUGAAGGGGUGGAUGGGAUAAAGCCUCACAGGAAGAAGCAGGUUAGCAAGAUUGCAUCUUUUCAGAAGUUCAUUCCUCAUGAUUUUGAUGCUAGUGACCAUGGGACCUCAAGCUUCCCAGUUUCUGCUGUGCAUCGCAUAGGAAUAUUAGACAUUAGGAUUUUUAACACGGACAGGCAUGCUGGGAAUCUUUUAGUUAGAAGGCUUGAUGGUGUUGGGAGGUUUGGUCAAGUCGAACUCAUUCCAAUUGAUCAUGGCCUUUGUCUGCCAGAAAGUUUGGAAGACCCGUACUUUGAGUGGAUCCAUUGGCCGCAGGCUUCAAUUCCAUUCUCAGAGGAUGAGCGUGAAUACAUUAAAAAUCUUGAUCCUCUUCGGGAUUCUGAGAUGUUGCGGAAGGAGCUCCCGAUGAUUCGAGAGGCCUGCCUUCGCAUACUGGUUCUCUGCACAAUUUUCCUCAAGGAAGCUGCUGACUUUGGUCUUUGUCUUGCCGAGAUUGGUGAGAUGAUGACAAGGGAAUUUCGUGCUGGUGAGGAAGAGCCAAGUGAACUUGAGGUCGUAUGCAUGGAAGCUAGAAGGCUGAUAGCAGAGAGGGACCUCUUAUCCCCCAAGUCUGAAGCUGGAGAAGAGGACUUCCAAUUCUGUAUAGACUGUGAGGAAUUGGACUUUUCACCUAAGAUGGCAGCAGAAGAUUUCAUGGUUAGACCUCCGUUCCAUUUGGGAUUUGGAAGUGGAAAUGGUCGAAAUCCUCUCUCUAAACUAAAUGAAACAAUUGAAGAAGAGGAAGAGGAAGAGGAAGAGGAGGAAAGUGAAGAAGAAGUGCAACUUGGGUUUGGAGGUUUUCUAGAUCCUGAAAAGAUGGAAAUGGUUUCAAAACUAUCCAUGUCACUCAAGAAUACCAGCUUAGGAGAGAAGAGCCUAAAAUUCCAGGGUUUGAAACCAAUUAAUGGUUACCUUGGAAGUUCAUCAUCUGGGCACAGGAGUGCAAAUGAGCAGCUUCCUGCAAGCGUGAACUUUGUGAAAGUGGCAGACAUGACUGAGGAUGAAUGGGCCUUGUUUCUAGACAAGUUCCAGGAGCUGCUAAAAUCGGCAUUUGCUAAUCGUAAAUCCGAGAUGCAGUGCCAGAGGCAAAGGCUGAGGCUUGGGACGUCAUGCCAAUUUUGAGAUACAUAUGCUGGCUUGGAAGUACUGAAGAUGAGUAAGAGUUUGCAGGUUUGUGGGAGUGAAUGAUUCUUAGGGUGUAGCGGUUUUUCCCUUGGGAGGAAGUUGUAGUAGGGAACAGCAGUAGACAGAAGUGCUGUAAAUAUUCUUUGAGGCAGUCCAGUGAGCGAAGGCCAAGUAGAAUUAGUUGUAUUUCUUCAUAUGUUUUGUGUUUUUUCUCACUCCUUAUGGACUUGUUUGAUAAAUAAUCUCUGUAGAAUGAAAUUUUAAGAGAAUCUUAUGUAAAUAUUAAA